AUGAGCUCACGCUCCGAAUCUGAGGGAGAGAUCCACGAACACGAGGUCGACAAGGCAACUACGGCUCAGCCAUCGUCGAGGGGCAUCAGCGUUGACCGUCACUCCAGACCCCGCGCAUCAGAUUCGAGAUCUCCGAGGGACGCGUAUGAGGACCCUCCUCGCCGCCACCGCUCGCGCUCUCCCUACAGACACCGCUCGCCGCGCGGAGAAAAGCGCCGCCGGGACGAUGACUUUUACAGCGACCGGGACCGUCGCGAUCCACGCCACUUCAAGGUUCGCUACGAAGAGAGACGCUCAUACGACGAUGACCGCCGACAUCGUGUGUCGUAUGCCGAUCUAGAUCGCGGCGACUCGUCCCGCUUAUCGUCGAGGUACGACGAUCCCCGAGACCGCGAACGCAACCGCUACAGCAGGCACUCAACACGCAGCCGUUCGCCGCCCAGGAGGGGAGGGCCCGACAGGGCUUAUGACAGGCGCAAUGGAAGACAUGAACCGGAGCGGAGAGAUCGGAGGCAGCAAGGUCGGGAGAACGGGGCAGAUUGGCGCUCACGGGAGCAUCCAGGCACUGAGCGAGUCAACAGUGGGCACGGAAGCCGCACCCCGGCGCGACAGGGCGUUCCUUCUCGUUCUGCGCCGCAGGAUGUACGGAAGGACACGGCCAUGGGAGAUGCUGAUGCUGAGACCACCAGUCCAGCCGAAGCUCCGAACGGGGCGAGCGGAGAUGCCGAAAUGGUUGAUGCACACAACCAAGAUCAGCCCGAACCCGAACCUGAGUCCGUUAACUACGACGCUGAAGUGGAGCGACGUCGCAAGAGGAGGGAAGCAAUCAAAGCUAAGUACAUGGGCCAGUCUACGCCUCUGCGUGUUCAAGUUCUGCAACCUGGGAUUGAAUCAGGGCAUUCAACCCCACAAGCCGAGAGUCCCGGUGGUCAUACGGAGCGUUCUGUCUCACCCAUGGUGACGUCACCCAGCACUCCGCAAGACAGCUCCGCACCAGCUUCACCACCAGUUGUUGCAGUUCAAAACGACGAAGAGCUUGCCAAUCGCAAGCGUGUGGAUACUGCUGAUGCCGAAGGGCCCUCUGCUGCUGACUAUGAUCCAACCAUGGACACUCAGGAGGACAGGGCCAGAAUUGACCGACGACACAGCCAAGAUGUGUCAGCCGCGGCCUACAAUGAGGUUGAAGUUCAGCCGGAACCACGCGAGGCCCCCAUUGCAGAAUCCAAGGCCGAUGACGCCUCCGCGAAGAAGGCCAAAGAUGACUUCGACAUGUUCGCCGAGGAUGACGAUGACGACAUGUUCGCUGAGACCCCUGCCAAAGUUAGCGAGAACACUGAGAAUGCAAAGGCGCCGCAAGUCAAAAAACUGGACAGCAGCAUGCUCGACGUCUGGGACGACCCGCAAGGGUACUACAAGGUUAUUCUCAACGAGCUUCUCGACGACCGGUACGAGGUUCAAGCUCGUCUGGGUAAGGGAGUGUUCUCGGAGGUCGUCCGUGCAAAGGAUAUCAGGACCGGCAACCUCGUCGCGAUCAAGAUCAUCCGCAACGACGAGAUUUUGCGAAAAGCCGGUGUAAAAGAGAUUGAGAUGCUGGAGAAGCUCAUUGACAACGACCCCGAGGACAAACGGCACUGCAUCCGGCUUGAGAGGUCGUUCGAUCAUAAGCACCACCUUUGCAUGGUCUUCGAGCAUCUCAGCAUUAACUUACGUGAAGUCUUGAAAAAGUUUGGCCGCGAUGUGGGACUUCAUUUGAAGGCAGUCCGCUCUUAUGCUCAGCAGAUGUUCGUCGCCCUGAGUCUGCUCCGCAAGUGCAACAUUGUUCACGCGGAUAUCAAGCCCGACAACAUGCUGGUCAAUGAAAAUCGGACCAUUCUCAAGAUUUGCGAUCUGGGAUCCGCGGCGGACAUCUCAGAAUGCGAGGUUCCGGCUGGGUUGUUGGUGAGUCGCUUCUAUCGCGCCCCAGAGAUCAUGCUAGGGAUUCCUCACGACUACGGCAUCGACAUGUGGGCUGUCGGGUGCACUCUUUUCGAGCUCUACACGGGCAAGAUUCUGUUCACGGGACGCGACAACAACCAGAUGCUCCGGUCCAUCCAGGAAUGCCGCGGCAAACUUAGCCCUAAGCUUCUGAAAAAGGGAUGGGCUGAUUACGUGUUCGAACAUUUCGACGUCAAUUUUCAAAUGUUCCGAAGUGUGGAGACCGACAAAAUAACUGGAAAGGACGUGACUCGUAUGAUGAAUUUCGUCAAGCCAAGCCGUGAUCUCAAGUCUCGCCUGAUCAGUAGCACCAAGGGGUUGAGCGAGGCUGAAAUCAAGGAGAUCAACCUCUUCUACGACCUCCUGGACAAGUGCCUAGCGCUCAAUCCUGAAAAGCGCAUCACGCCCACGGAAGCUCUGAAGCACCCCUUUAUUCAUCGCACCAAACUCUAG